CACACCUGUAUCAUUGAUGGUGACUGAAUUGUAUGCAAUUGGUUGUGGUAUGUAGAUUACAUCCAUAACUCGAGUGGAAGUUUAAUUUGUUCGUGUUUAAAAGUUGAUAAAAUUUACGAGUUCUGUGAUUAAUAUUGUGACUAUAGGUAACGAAGAUAGUUCGCUUUAUGUCCUGAUAACGAAUUCCGAGACUGUGAAAAAUAUUUACGUCAUCGUCGAAACUCCCCACCCAUUGUUCUGUGCCAGUGUAAUUUAACGUGUUUUAAUCAAAAAUGCAGGCGAUUAAAUGUGUGGUCGUUGGAGAUGGUGCCGUGGGUAAAACAUGUCUCCUCAUCAGUUACACGACGAACGCUUUUCCUGGAGAAUAUAUACCCACAGUGUUCGACAACUACUCUGCCAACGUGAUGGUGGAUGGGAAACCGAUCAACUUAGGGCUCUGGGAUACAGCGGGGCAGGAGGACUACGACAGGCUACGUCCUCUCUCAUACCCACAGACAGACGUGUUUUUAAUUUGCUUUUCGCUUGUAAAUCCAGCUUCAUUUGAAAACGUCAGAGCAAAGUGGUACCCCGAAGUGAGACACCACUGCCCCAGCACCCCCAUCAUCCUGGUGGGCACCAAGCUCGAUCUCAGAGAGGACAAGGAGACCAUAGAGAAACUGAAGGAAAAGAAGUUGUCACCGAUCACAUAUCCUCAGGGGCUGGCCAUGGCGAAGGAGAUAGGAGCUGUAAAGUAUCUGGAAUGCAGCGCUCUCACACAGAAGGGUCUCAAGACAGUUUUUGACGAGGCAAUUCGUGCCGUUCUUUGUCCUGUGCUGCCAAUCAAACAGCGGCGGAAGUGCCUGCUCCUGUAAACAGCAGCAACAACCAUUUUGUCUCCAUUUGUCUGAUCCGAGUUUUUGUAUCACCUGAAUUUUGUGACCACGGUCUGCGACCAUAUUUCAAGAUGUUCCUGUUGCUUUGUGUGCUGCACAGCUCAUUGUAGUACCAACAAAAUUAUUUAAACCUAGCAAUAUUGGAUAGUUUAUAGCUAGAGCAGUCUAGAACCAAUCAGAUAUCUUUAAGUACUCAUUUUACUUUUUUUUAAGUUCUCUAAGUAUAACAGAAUAUGUCCUUGAGUUAUUUUCCUUGACACAUAAUUUUGUUGAUAGUUAAGUAACGGCAAGGCAAAAUUAUAUUUUGUAGUUAAACCAAUGAAGUAUAAAUGCGUUAUUGGAAAAUGUUACUUUUUGGUUUUAUUCAUAUUAAUAAAAAAUAUUAAGACUGAUCCUAUGACCACAAUAAAAGAAGUAUGAAACUUCUUUAACUAAAAAUUUGUAGAGAAAAUAAAAUUGUCGCCUAAGUGAUGAGAUUAUUUUGGGUGAUACAAAAACUCAGGUUAUUGCUUACCUGUAUUUAGAAAUCCAUUUUGAAACUGAUUUACAUCAAUUAGAUUUCUUUUGGUUGCUAUUUCAGAAUUUUUAUUUGCCUACUAUACGUCUUGCUGUAAUAAUUGUUUGAACUUGGAAUGCACAACAGUAGAUUUUGGGGACUCUUUGACUGGUUUUUAUUACGGCGCACAUAUCUUAUAUUCUAAAAUGUGUGUAGUAAUUUUAUUUAGUAAUUUAAGCUAAUUUUAACCAAUAAAUAUUGUUCCUAUAAUAUUAUAAUUCUUUUCUGAACUAUACAAGAAAUUGAUGUUUCAUACCUCAAUAAAAUUCCAAAUCUGUAACAUUGUGUUUUUGAAUGUUUUAAUCUUCAAUUACAUAAUGUACAAGGAAUGAGUCUCCAAUUUCUACAUUUUAACUUUUUAUUAAUAAAAUGUUUAUUUUCAUUUGUGAAUUUUAAUACAUUUUCUAAACAUUUCAAUUUAAUAGUUUUGUUUUCGUGGAAGUUGUCAUAAUUCCAUCUUCAUAUGAUCAUUGAAUAUUUUAACACUUAUUUUGAUCUGUUUUACCUGUUAUCAGUUAUCACUCUGUUGGUUUGAAUAGUGCUGUGAAUUUGUGUCUAAAUUAUUGUUAAGCAUUUUAAAAUAUUUUUAAUUUAUCUACAUGUUUUAGUAACUAAUACAAUACUUUUUGUUAAAUUUUAUAUUUUCAAUUUCAUGAUGACAGAAAUCUUAUAUUAGGUACUUUUUACUUUCAGUAAAAACAAAUUAUUCUCUUCUCAGUUUUUAGUUGUGUAAUUUUCAUUUACUGUGCUUUGUCUAAACUUUCUAAUCUAGAAUGCGCGCAAUGGCGUUUCCGUUAAACCGACACAAUGUUGCUAGUGCUAAUACUCAUGCAUUUAUGUUGUAACGCAUCCGUGUACAUUUGCCUACAUUACAUUGUACAUUAACAUAUGAUAUGUUGUCUGUUACGAUGUUGCUUCUCUUAGUUUAGGUUAAGUUAAUUAUAGUAUUGUUUAUCAUAUAAAUAUAAUGAAACUUAUAUAAAAAGAUUAAUUUUAUUGAUAGGGUAUCUAUUGAAGUUGAGUAGCAGUUGGUUAUUGUAUUUACUAAUAAGAUGCAAAGAUUUAUAUUUUUUAAUAAUUAUGCUUUUGUGGAGUGUAAAUAUAGCAGGAGUGUUAGUGUUGCUUACGGAAGUUAGAAAGAAUUCAUUUGGAAAUUUUCAAUGUCUUUCAUGGUCUUAUAAUCGUAUGAGAUGUAUAACCGUCGAGUGUAAAAAGUUACCCUUUGAACGUUUUUCUUGUAUUCUCAGAAUGAUAACUAGUGAAGUAUUCAAUGAAUAUCUUUUUUAGUCAAUUAUUUUGCUUUUUAAACAUUUAUAUACAUUUUUUUAUUUACAUUCUGUAACGUAACAUUUUUCACUAGUUUUGUUUCCUGAGACAUUUUAAUUAUAAUAAUUAUAGAAAUUACUUAUAGUGUAGAACAUUGAAAAGGAGUAAUUAUAAAGUUGUCUCUUAAUCUGGUGAAGUGUGAUAGUAUACAUGUAUUUUAAAUUAUUCACCAUAACUUUUUAACUUCACCAUAUUAAGUGUUAAACAAUACAAAACGAGGAUUCAUUGUCUUAUAAUAUUUCAUAUUUAUUUACUACCAAGAUGAUUAUAAAUUUUAAGAGGAAACUGUGAGAAAUAUUUCAGAUUGUAGUUUAAUAUAUUGUAUUUUAAAAACUGAAACUGUAAUGUUUUACAUAAACUUAUUCUGUACAAAAUUAAGUUUCUUUUUAUUCAAUCUCAAGAUAUACUUUUUAAUAAUAAUUUUAUUUUAAAUUUUAAUAAAAUAACACAUUUGUUAUGUAAUAAAAUGUAAAUGAACUAUUUACAAAUUUAUCAUUUGUUAGGUAAUAAUAUGGGUAUAUAAGAUAAAGAAAAUUAAAAUAUAUUCAAUUAGAGUCACCCUUUUUUCACAUUACUUUCUACCAUUCUUAUAUUGUUGUGGUUUUUAAAUUAAUAUGCCAUUUUACAAGAGACAUUCUUUUCUUAAAAAUGUUAUAGAUGACGUAUAAUUGUUUAAUUACAAAAAUGUACGGUACCAAUUAUCGUUAUCUAUGUAGAUACACUCCUAGCGAGUUAUCCAUUAUAUCAUUCUAAGGAUUCAUCUGCAGUAUGUUAACUGUAUCCGUUAUCGUAAUGAGUGUCUGUCAAUGUAAUUAUUGAAAAUAACUUUAUUUGUACCAGUAAUAGUAUUGCAGUGGGGUUUGAAUCUUGAUGUGAGGGAUAAUAAGUAACAUGUUUUAUUGUGUUACACAAGACAGAUAGAAUAUUUAUUGAUAAUAUUUUCUUACAUCCCUAUAUUGCCAGUUUUUUUUUUUUUUACAGUACAGUGUAUUAUUUUGCAAAAAUCUGUUAAAAACUGUUAAGUUCUUUUGCAAAUUUCUUGCAACCACUCUUAUGUACAUUACUCAUGUACUGUAACUAACCAAUGGUUAAAUCUGCAAGUCCUGAAUCUGUUCUAAAUUGUAAUCUCAUUAUUGUUUAAAAAUUAAUAACAUUUGUAACAAUCUCUGUAAUAAUGUCUGAUAAGACAAGAAGUAUAUAUACUCAAUGUGAAGAUUCAUAUUGCAUUGAAGUCAACACAUAUUUUCAGUUAAUCCCAAGUACACAUCUAGAAGAAUGAUUCCCCUGCACACUGUAAAUUAUGAAGAUGGAUUUGAGUAUGUAAAGUUAAUUUUACAGAGAAUAAAAAUUUUAUUGUAUAAAAACAUUUUAUUUUUUUAGCCGUGUAGUAAUAGUGUUCAAAGUUAGUGGUGGGAGUCGGCAGCUUUGCCUUAUAUUUUUAUUUAUAAAAUUGAAAUUUUUUAAAUUUACCAGUCCAUUGUCAUUGAAUGUAUAAUUAAUUGUUAAGGGUCCAAACUUUGAUUUCUUUUCUGUUUUACAGAGCAGUAGUUUUAUAACUUAAGUACUUGUCAAAUUGUGUUGUAUCAAAUCUUUUCUUGAUCGCUUAGUAUUUGUAGGCGCAUCAUUUUGCCACUCUUUGUAGAUAUAAUAGUAGUUUUCAUCACUAGAAGCAAAUAGGGUGUCUUCAGUUCAAAAUCGUGUUUAACAAGCAAGGCAAAGCAAAACUAAAUAUCCAAUAAAACACCAGUGAAGACUUGCUUUGAGUCAUGGGCUGAUUUUUUUUAUUAUACUGCAUAGUUUUUCGGUGUUUGUAAAUGGAAAACUUCCGUAUGACUUCUUGUAUUGUUGUUUACUGAAACAACUAAAAACAAUUUUGAAUUAGUACACUGAAAAACUUGAAUUAUCCCAGAGAUCACUUUAUAUAGUGAGUGACCUCUUAAUAGGGAACUGAAAACAGUUAUUAUAAAGACCAAGCCAGUCUAUUGAAAAAAUUUGUCUGCAGUAUGAUAAAAACAAAUGGUCCAAAUGUUAGCAGAGCUUAUUAUUUAGUACCUAAUUUUUAUAUUCAUCCAGUAAAUCCUGGGAUUUGAUUAUUUCCUAUGAUUUUUUCUUAAACAAAUGUUUUACCACAAAAGAGCUCAUCCUAUUUGUUACACGUAGGCCUAACGGAAUAAUUUACUAACAGUUAAUUAGUGUUUUAACUCAUUAAUUAGUAUUAAUUGUUUACUUUUAAAGUCAAUUCUACAAAGACUGGCAUACAGUUGGCCAGGUGUUGAGAAACGCUUAGUAUGGAUGUCGUGACGUGAGGUCGUAUGGCGCACAGUUACACUAACUCCUACUGCCAUGUAAAUAGCUCUCCAGUAUCCACCCUUGUUUUGUACAUAUUGUCUAUUCAUUUAGAUAAAAAUAAAAUGUUUUAAAUUACAA